AUGGUGGAGAAGGAGCUGGAGGGAAAGAAGGCCAAACAGAGAGGAGCAGGGAAGACCUCAGCAGCCAAGGCCAUUCUAGCUCAGACAGAUCUUCAUUCAGCUUCCAACUCAUCAGAGUGUGUUAGAAACCAGGGAGAGGUGUGUGGACAUUGGGUUUCUGUGGUGGAGCUGCCUGCCUUGUAUGGAAAACCUCAGCAGGAAGUGACAAAGGAAUCAUUCAGGUGUAUCUCUCUCUGUGAACCUGAGGGUGUCCACGCCUUCAUCCUGGUCCUACCUGUGGGUCACCUCACUGAUGAAGACAAGGGAGAGUUACAGACCAUCCAGGACACAUUCAGCUCUAGAGUCAAUGACUUCACCAUGAUCCUGUUCACCACGGAGUCAGAUCCUGAACAUCCAGCUGUAGUUAAGUGUCUCAAAAAAGAUAAAAAUAUCAAGGAGCUUAUUAAGAGAUUCGAGAAAAGAUACUGUGUUCUCAAAAGCAGCAACAGAGAGCAGUUCUCUAAUGUAAUAAAUUUUGUAGUAAGAAAGGACCAAAGGUGCUACACAUCAGGAAUUUUCUUAGAUGCUUACUUAGAGAAACUACUUCAACAAGAAAAAAAUGUUACUGGACAGCACCACCGACCUUCCAUUUCAUCACCACAGAAUAAAAGCCAUUGGACAUAUGAGUGCCUCCGGAUUGUUCUUAUUGGGAGAACUGGAUGUGGGAAGAGCUCUUCAGGAAACACAAUUUUGGGUAAACCAGAGUUUGAAGCCAAAGUAAGCCAGAAGUCAGUCACAAAGCGCUGCAAGAAAUCAAAGGGUGAAGUGGAUGGUCGUCCUGUUCUUGUGGUGGACACUCCUGGUUUAUUUGACAGCAGCUUAAGCAACGAAGAAGUAAAUAAAGAAUUAUUGGAAUGUAUUACCCUUCUGGCACCAGGCCCACAUGUUUUUUUAGUGGUGUUGCAAAUUGGAGCAAGGCUCACAAGAGAGGAGAGGGAGACAUUAGACCUUAUUAAAAAAGGUUUUGGGGAAAAUUCUGUAAAGUUCACCAUCAUACUUUUUACCAGAGGAGAUUCCCUUAAAGAUAACCAGUCCAUAGAAGAUUAUAUAGAAAAUGACUGUGAUGACUACUUUAAAAAACUUAUUGCAGACUGCGGGGGACGAUGCCAUGUAUUUGACAACAAUGACCCCAAAAACCACAGACAGGUAGAGGAACUGAUUAAAAAGAUUGACAAAAUCGUUGCUAGAAAUGGAUGUUUUACCAAUGAGAUGCUACUAGAGGCUGACACAGCAAUUCAGGAACAAAAAACCAGACUCCUCAAGGAGAAAGAAGAAGAACUACAGAGACAAAAGAAGGAACUAGAAGAAAGUCACCAGAAGGAGAAAGACGAAAUUAAAAGAAGACUGGAGGAUGAAAAAGAAAGAGCUAAACAAGCAAUGAAGCAAAGCAACAACAAUAUCAGGAAGAUAAGGAAAGAACUUCAGCAUGCUCAAGAUGAAAGGUUGAAAGAACAAGUGCAGAGAAAAGCGGAAGAAGCCAGAUGGAACCGUGAGAGAGAGGCUUUAAAGGGAGAUAUUGACUGCAAUCUCACAGGAACAGCUCUCAUCAGAGUCACCAGCGAUCUGCUGAUGGCCUCUGAUUCAGGUUUCAUGUCCCUCCUCAUUCUUCUCGACCUCUCUGCUGCGUUUGACACAGUAGAUCACCACAUCCUCCUCCACCGCCUCCAGCAUUUCAUUGGUCUCUCUGGCACUGCCCUCCACUGGUUUCACUCCUUCCUCACUGACAGGACCGAGUACGUGGCCCUGGGGCCGCCUCAGUGCCCAUGA